AUCCCAUUUAGCUCAGUGCUUGAUAGUCACUAAACGUCCGCGCUAUACGACCAGUGUUUGAUAGAGUGCCAUUCAAAAGAACGCAGUUGUGAAUUCAUAAUAAUGUGCUUGUGUAAACUCGUAUACCUUACCUUAUUGAGACAAAACUGAGUUAAUUUUUUAUUACUAGAAUGGAUAUGGAAUGUUCAUGAAGAGCGCGCAAAGAAGUCGCGUUGAUUGAUUCAUCGGAUCUUGAACAAAUCAAGCCUACAAUUCGGAUAUUUGAUGCUGGCUCUGGCAGACAAUAACUUUCCAUGGGUUUUACAGAGAGAGGACAGGAGACCCUCUCCAUCAGCAACACCAAGAUCAAGACCAGGAGAAGAACACAUUCAGCUGAGACCUUCAGGGGAGCGUUAUCCGACAAGAACUCACACUCUCUCUGCUAUGAGCUGCCUGUGAGGUUGUCAUGAGUAAUUGGGCUGAAGUCACCCUUGCUAGUGGAGGAAGAAGAAUUCAUCUGAGAUGUCUCAUGUUCGAUCGCCCCUAACUGAACCCUCAUCCUGGAAUAAUACUUAGCACCUGGUCAGGAAACAGCUGUGAGCUGUCUAUAACAAAGUCCAGGGCCCCUCAAAACACUACAUCAUUGAAGGGGAAAAACGAAUCACAGAUUAAUUGAGAAUUGUCGUGUCCAAAAGUUUCCUCUGUUUUAAGCACCAUAUGUGGUGUAACAGUACCUGGUGUGCCUACAGCAACAUUUGGAGCAGUCAUGAUGGAUGAACCCUCCACUGCUCCUCCACACACCUCCAUCCCACAAUAGAUGUGCCUUGACGGCAGAUGUGCCUCGAAGUCCCUCCCCUCUGACAUCCCUAUCCCCCUCCACACAGCCCUGUUCCAUCCGGUCUACAGCAUGUCUCUCACAGACUACAAACAUGGUGCCAUUCCUCAAAUGGACUACACAUAUGGCCCACCCUGCCCUAUGUAAGUUGAGAACUACAGGAAGAGACGCACAAUGCCCUGUUUGGACGAUGGGGAUAACAGCCGCAGAGGCCUGCCCAGUGUCCUAGAGUUGAGGCGGGUUCCUCUAUGGUCAUUGGGGCCCCUGAGGAGUGUCAGAAAGGUCAAGGUUAUCAGCUUCCUGCUAGGAUUGACGUUGACCUUCCUCAUCAUGGCUUCUUACAUCUUAACCUGGGAUAAAAAGGGUCUGAUGCUGACCCUGUCACCGUUCCACCUCAGGACUGUAGUCAACCCAAGCAGCACCCUCUCCCAUAACCUGUCUUCUACCAAGGACUACGCCAACAUUAAGCUCCUGGUGAAGUGCAUUACAUCUAAGCUCGAGUUCAGCCCAAGGAAGCUGCCUCUUCUGAAGGACGUUAUCAAGACGGACUCUCAUUUGUUUUCCGUUAUUCCUCGUCAGUUCCUACCCAAUAUCAAGAGUCCAUGCUGGUAUGAGGAGCUCUCUGGGAAAACCAAAGUGGAUCCUUACAGUAAAAACUUGUAUGCAGUUCGCUCUAAGAGUUUCCGGACUGUCUGUGACUACCUAAGGAAACAUUUCCAGGAACACUUGUACCACAGUGACGACAACAAGCAAUACCGCCUGCGCUGUCUGCCAUAUUUCUACAUCAUUGGCCAGCCCAAAUGUGGUACAACAGACCUGUUUCACCGAUUGCUGCUACACCCGGAGGUCAAGUUCACCACCAUGAAAGAGCCCCACUGGUGGACAAGGAAAAGGUUUGGUAUCAUCCAUCUUAAAGAUGGCCUCCUAGAACGCUUCCCUGUGGAGGAUUACCUGGACCUGUUUGAACUGGCUGCCUACCACAUCCAGGAGGGAAUACUGGGGAAUACCUCUGGAGACCACAGCCAGCGACACAUUAUUACAGGUGAAGCAAGCGCAUCCACAAUGUGGGACAACCAAGCCUGGAGCUAUCUCUAUAACUACCGGGCAGAUGGGGAGCCUCCUUUCCUGGCCCAGGACUUCAUCCACGCAGUUCAGCCCAAUGCUAAAAUCAUUGUCAUGCUCAGAGACCCAGUAGAGAGGUUAUAUUCAGACUACCUGUACUUCAACAUGGCUAACAAGUCUGUGGAGGACUUUGACCUGAGGGUCUCAGAAUCCCUACAGCUGUUUGAGGCUUGUUUAGCAGAAAACUCUGUGCGUUCCUGUGUCUACAACACUAGCCUCUCCAAUGCCAUGACGGCUAUCCGUCUCUGUCAGAGUCGAGAAGAACAGGCACAAUGGAUAAUGGUCAGACUGAACCUAGGACUGUAUAUUGUCUUCCUGCUGGACUGGUUGACUGUCUUCCAAAGAGAUCAGAUCCUAGUUCUGCAGUUAGAAGAUUACGCUGCCAAUCUGAGACUCACCAUACAUAAAGUCUUUGACUUCCUAAAUGGCCUUUAUCUGAGCAGACGGAGGCAGCUCUCACCAAGAGACCCAUGUCCAACACACGGAGAGCAGCAGACAGGAGCCUGGGCCCCAUGCUGCCCAGCACCAGGGACCUCCUCAGGGAGUUCCACCAGCCAUUCAACCACAAACUGGCCAUAAUCCUGAACAACAAGGCCUUCCACUGGACAGAGACAUAAGGAAUGGCUUCAUCUCAGAUGGAUACAGACCUGAGGAAUAAGUACUGUACUAAAUCCCCCAUGGUCAUUUGAGUCCUAUGAGAUGAACUAUCAAGUGGGAUAAGCCAUGGACAUGAAUUAAGUCACAAUGGGAGAACAUUUAGUCAGUAAAAUGUCUGAGGUGCUCUGAAGACCUGAACAAUGCAUCUGUCUAGUGCUUGAAGUUUUUCCUUUUGUUUGCCUUUCGUGAUGAUGCAUUGACGGCGGUGCCCUUAUACUGUAUGUUGGAGAAUAGUUUGCUUUUUGUAGGAGAGACUCCUGGAAAAUGACUGGGGUAGAGCCUGGUGGACUACUCCCUCUAGUGGGAAAGCUUUGACACGACAAAUAUUGAGAGUAAAAAGAGAGCCUUCACAUGCUAAUGAUUGAUCAUUUUAAAAUACUGUUUGCCACUGGGUAUUUCACUCUCAAUCAUUGUGAAACCAUUAUGUAAAAAACAAUAUGGGAGCAAACAGCACAAUGGAUUUUAUCAUGAUGUUGCCUUCAAUUUUCUUUAAAAACAAACAUGAAACACCCUGUCUUCAAUGCCAUACACUGUUCUUUUUAACUACAUUCUAUUAAGUAAACGGCAAGGAAGUGACCACGUGGUCAUAACCUGCUUUUUUUAAUGUGAAAUAUUUCGAUGCUGUUCUACACUGGCCUAGACACACAAUCGACACAUCCUCACACCAGAGGGCAACAGAACCACAGAGACACAC